AAAAAAAGACGCAUAACAAAACGUUUUUAAAAAUUUGCAUUUUAUUUCUUCUAAAAAAUUUCUUCUAGAAAAAAACAAUUUUAUAAAUUAAACAAAAUCAAAAAUGCCAGCUUUAGACACUGAAGCUGUUCCCAAACAACCCGAAGAAGAAACUGAACCAGUACAAAAAUCAUUAUCUGGUCCAAUAAUUGGAAUUAUCUAUCCUCCACCGGAGGUUAGAAAUAUCGUUGAUAAAACUGCAAGUUUCGUUGCAAGAAAUGGACCCGAAUUCGAGGCGAGAAUUCGUCAAAACGAACUCGGCAAUCCUAAAUUUAAUUUCUUAAGUCCCGGCGAUCCAUAUCAUGCUUACUAUCGGCACAAGGUCAAUGAAUUUAGGGAAGGAAAAGAUACCGGGCCAUCAUUGGUUCCUGGAUUGAAACAACUCUCAGUGACAACUGCUGCUCAACAAAAACAACAGGAACUACUCAAACAAGUUUCUGAGCAGCAGUUUGUUCCUAAGGAACCUCCCGUUGAGUUUGAAUUCAUUGCUGAUCCACCAUCAAUCUCUGCAUUGGAUUUGGACAUCGUCAAGUUGACAGCUCAAUUUGUGGCCAGAAAUGGUCGUCAAUUCUUAACCAACCUGAUGAACCGCGAACAGCGGAAUUACCAGUUUGAUUUCUUACGUCCGCAGCAUUCAUUGUUUCAAUAUUUCACCAAACUUCUGGAACAAUAUACAAAGAUUCUUAUUCCACCUAAGGAUCUGAUGUCCAAGUUAAAGAUUGAAAGCACUCCGAAUAGGAUGAGCAUGAAUUUGGUACUGGAUCAGGUAAAGUAUCGGGCUAACUGGCAACGCCAUCAGGAAAUACAAAGACGGCGGGAAGAGGAGAAAAUCGAAAAGGAAAGAGUUGCAUAUGCUCAAAUCGAUUGGCAUGACUUUGUUGUGGUCGAAACAGUCGACUAUCAACCCUUCGAGACAGGCAACUUUCCACCACCAACUACUCCCGAGGAAGUUGGCGCUCGUGUUCUCAUGGAAGAACGUCUGAUGGAAGAUGAUGGCGACAUAGAAAUGCAAAUCGAAUCCGACGACGAUGAUGCCCAUGAAAUUGUUCCCACUGUCAAACUGUCUCACAUGGAGAAUCGUACCGGAAUCCAUCACAAAGUUCCACAAUCCGUAUUCUCUCAAUCGAAGAAAGACAACAACCAAGUUCAAGACAUGGACGAAGCUUCUAGCGACGAGGAUGCUCCAAUUAGCAAAGUGCAACCACCAGUCACGCCCAUGUUGCCACCAACUCAUGACAAAGUCGUUGUCAAGAAAUACGAUCCCAAACAAAGUCAGAAGCCCGUCAAACCAGCUCCAACUGAUGAAUUCCUCAUCUCCCCGAUUACUGGAGAACGAAUUCCAGCAUCCAAAGUGGCUGAGCAUAUGCGUAUUGGUUUGUUAGAUCCACGCUGGGUCGAACAACGUGACAAACAUACUGUCGACAAAAUCAAUCAAGAUACUGUGUUCGCUGCUGGCACUGCUAUUGAGGCCAGUUUGAAACAGUUGGCUGAGAGACGUACCGAUAUCUUCGGUGUGGGUGAUGAGGAAACUGUUAUUGGUAAGAAGUUGGGAGAAGAGGAGACCAAGAAGGAUGAUCGUGUGACAUGGGACGGGCAUACAUCGAGUGUGGAAGCAGCAACUAGAGCUGCCAGAGCCAAUAUUACUUUGGAAGAUCAAAUUCAUCAGAUUCAUAAGGUUAAGGGACUUUUACCCGACGAGGAGAAGGAGAAAAUCGGACCCAAACCGGCGGCUAACAAGUCGAUUCUUUCGGCUCCUCCUCAGCCAUCGAUUUCCCAUCAAACAUCGAUAAGCUCCCAGCCAAAACCAAUGUCUGCACCGCCAGUUACAGCUCAGUCGAAUAUGCAACCUAUUCCACCACCGGUGCCGGUGAUGAUGAUGCAAAUGCGUCCACCACCAAUGAUGCCUCCACCAUUUCAAGUUGGUUACAUGCCAUCAAUGCAGCCAGGAGCUCCACAAAUUGCACCAGCUCCACCAGUUAUGGAUCAAAGCAAUAUGAUACCAAUUCCAAUUCCUGUGGAAGAAGAACCACCAAAUAAGAAACUACGUUCGGAAGAUCAUCUAAUUCCUGAAGCUCAAUUUAUUAGCAUGCAUAAGAGUCCCGUUACAAUACAAAUUCAAAUUCCAAAUAUGAGUGACAAGUCGGAAUGGAAACUAAAUGGACAAACAGUUGCUAUCUCUUUGGCUUUGACCGAUACUGUGUCGAGUUUGAAGACAAAGAUUCAAGAUGAAACUGGAAUGCCACCAGCUAAACAGAAAAUAUCAUAUGAGGGCAUGUUCUUCAAAGAUAGCAACACAGUGGCUUUCUAUAAUUUACUCAAUGGAACAACAGUCUAUCUGCAAAUUAAGGAACGUGGUGGUCGUAAGAAGUAAAUGGAAAAGUUGCAAAUAAUAUUUUUUUUGUCCUAUUGAGUUAGCUUUUGAAAAAA